AUGGUUUCUCAUACCUUCUCCGCUAAAUCUGUGGUUCAAUUUGAGCCGUAUAUCCAUGAGAACUUGGUCUUGUUCGUGCGACAGCUUGACAAACUGGUUGAGCAAAGCUCCCACAGGACACAGGAUGGAAAGCCGGAGGCACACCUUGAUGCACUAAUGUGGUUCAACUUCCUCGCUUUUGAUGUGAUCGGCGAUUUAGCAUUUGGUGCGCCGUUUGGAAUGCUUGAAAAAGGAGCAGAUGUCGCCGAGAUUAGGUCAUCGCCAGAUAGCCCACCGAUCUAUGCCCCGGCUAUCGAGAUUCUGAACCGAAGAGGGGAAGUUAGCGCAACGCUGGGUUGUUAUCCGCAACUCAAACCCUACGCAUCUAUACUCCCUGACCCGUUCUUCAGCCAGGGUCUGCAAGCUGUAGAGAAUCUCGCCGGUAUUGCCAUUGCUCGAGUCAAAAGCCGGGUUGAGAAUCCUCCAGACGUGGAUCGUAAGGAUUUGCUUGCCCGGCUUAUGGAAGGUAAAGAUGACAAUGGGCAACCUCUCGGCCGUGAGGAGUUGACUGCCGAAGCACUGACACAGCUGAUUGCCGGAAGCGACACAACAUCCAAUUCGUCCUGUGCUCUUAUGAACUACUUGGUCCGUGACCCGCGUGUUUUACAGAAACUUCAAGCUGAGCUCGACGCCUCAAUCCCUGAACAUGUCGAUGUACCAACAUAUGACAUGGUUCGUGAUCUUCAGUAUCUUGGAUGGGUCAUCAAUGAAGCGCUGCGUCACCACAGUACGUCUGGCAUUGGACUGCCGCGUCAAGUUCCACCCGAGUCACCCGGUGUUGUUAUCCAGGGACACUUCUUCCCCAGUGGCACCAUUCUUAGCGUGCCCACCUACACCAUUCACCACUCCAAGGAGGUCUGGGGAGAAGAUGCGGAGGAGUAUAAGCCUGAGAGAUGGGAGAAUGUCACAACCAGGCAAAAGAACGCCUUUAUUCCUUUCAGCCAUGGGCCAAGAUCUUGUGUGGGACGAAACGUGGCAGAGAUGGAGAUGAAGCUGAUUUUGGCCACUUGGGCAAGGCGCUACGCGGUUACUCUUCGACAGGGACCAAUGGAAACCAGAGAAGGAUUUCUGAGGAAGCCUCUGGGCUUGGAGGUGGGCCUAUCAAGAAGGUAG